AGGAGCCGCAAGGGCCAUCCUCAAGCCCCAAGCGUGCCCGCCACAGCACUGCGCAAGUGGAGCCGAAGGUUCCGAAGAUGUCGCGGGAGAAUGAGUUGGAGCUGAAGCAGUGGCUUGAGAGCCUGGAUGGCAAGGGGAACCUUCUGGAGUACUUGCCAACGAUCAAGGAGAAGUAUGCCAGCCUGCGAGAAAUGGCGGAGGCGGCCAAAAAAAAAGAGGUGCAGUCGGAGGUCAGUGCUUUGAGCAGUAUCGAGCCAGAGUUCUGGAAGGAAUGCAGCAUCGGCCCGUUGGGGCACCGGUUGCUGUUCGCCAAGAAAAUUGUGGCGAUGUGAGAUGCGACAGAGCCUGCGGGCGAACUUGGAAA